ACUGCAUAAAUAGGAGCACCAAAUAUCGAUCGGUAAAUAAAGCAAGAAAAACAUAAAACGAAAGAGGUACUUUUAUCUCUUCUUGGUAUCUCCUAUUCUUGCUAGGGUUAACGAGGUCAGGUUCUUGCGUUCAUCUUGUAGGUAUGGAGAAGCAAAUUCCGGUUUUUGAUGGAGACGACCAUGAGAUUUGGAGCAUAAAGAUGAGGACUCUUUUGAUGGCCCGUGACCUGUGGGAUGUUGUAGAGCGUGGAGUCUCUGUAGAGAAAAAUCUGAAAACCAAGGACAUGAAGGCUCUUCAUAUGCUGCAAAUGUCGGUAACAGACUCUCUUUUUCUCCGGAUAGCAAGAGCCACAUCGUCAAAGCAAGCGUGGGAGAUUCUUAAGGAAGAAUUUGGAGAGACCGAUGAGAUUGUGAGUACGAAAGCGAGCAAUCUUAGGACCAAGUUUAGAGGAAUGAUGAUGGAGGAGGAGGAAACCUUUGUUGAUUAUACUAAAAAGUUGAUGGAGGUUGUGAAUCAGCUUAAGUUCUAUGGGUCUGACACUUCUGAUAAGGAAGUCAUCCGUAAGAUAUAUCGCAGCUUGCCCUCAAAGUUUGAUAGUAUGGUCAACUCCAUGCGCGUUGAAAAUUUUACACUCACUAGAGUUGUUUGCGUCCUGCGAGAGGUGGAAUGCGACCACGAUGACCAUGUGAAGAGAGAAGCUUCGCACAACCACAACAAGAGAAGGAGGCAGUAGAGAGCUUUUUCAAUGUAUCUUUUUUUUUUGGUUGUUGAAAAACAAUUUAGGAAUUAAGUGUUGCUGCUUUGGAAAGUGAGAUGUGUUUUCCUUUUGAUGAUGAAACAAAACACUCCCAAAUUUUCUAUUUUGGUAGUUUUUGUUGGCUCUUAGAUAUUACGAUGUUGUCCUUGACUAAUAAAAUGUGUCCGUAGCACAGUGUUUGUUAGGAUGAAGCAUGAGAAUUUAAUUAAGAAAGAAAGAAACUGUCAGUGAGUUUAAACCAAUGA